UCUCUGAGAACUAGUCCUGAAUGAAGUUCAAGCAACAUUCUUUUGAGGUGUCUACUGCCUGAAGUUUACUCUGCCUUGACUGUCAAAAGAUUCAUAGUUUUGUCAGUUCGGAGAUUCUUUCUAUCCAGAAUUCGUAUUCUUUUAAUUAUGACUGUGACCUAUACAGCCAACGUAAACACCUCGAAGGUUAUAAGCAACUUUCUGAAAUUGCUUUUCAGAUGGCGCGGAAGUAUUUACAAGCUGGUUUGGAUCGAUCUGUUCAUCUUCUUUUCACUGUAUUGCUUGUUGGCCCUCUCCUAUCGAAUGCUAAUGAGCGCAAAGGCCCAAGAGGUCUUCGAGGACAUUGUAUACUACUGCAAUAUGCACGGCAACCUCUUGCCGCUGUCUUUUGUGCUCGGCUUCUAUGUCUCCAUUGUGAUGGGCCGCUGGUGGCAGCAGUAUACGACCAUACCAUGGCCGGACUCUAUAGCCAUCUUGGUCAGCUCCAGCAUCCAGGGGUUCGACGAUCGGGCUCGGGCCAUGCGUCGCACCAUACUGCGGUACGUGUGCCUGUGCCAGGUGAUUGUCUUCACGAUGAUAUCGCCGAAUGUCAAGAAGAGAUUUCCCACCUACAAUCAGAUCAUCGACUCCGGGCUGUUGCUGGAUAACGAAAAGGCCAUCAUCGAGAACAUGGACAUCGCCUUCCCCCAUUAUCCCAAGCACUGGAUGCCCAUCGUCUGGGCCGCCAGCAUCGUGAUGAGAGCCCGAAAGGAGAACAAGAUUCGAGAUGAUUAUGCCGUCAAAACAAUCAUCGAUGAAUUGAACAAGUUCCGCGGCUUCUGUGGAUUCCUCUUGUACUACGACUGGGUCAGUGUGCCGCUGGUGUACACCCAGGUGGUCACCCUGGCCACCUACACCUUCUUCCUGUUCAGCGUGAUCGGCCAGCAGUGGACACAAGUCGCCGAUGCUGGCGGCUCACCCAACAGAGUCGAGCAAUGGUUUCCCUUCCUCACAAUUCUGCAGUUCUUCUUCUACAUGGGCUGGCUGAAGGUGGCCGAGUCCUUGAUCAACCCCUUUGGCGAGGACGACGAUGACUUUGAGCUCAAUUGGAUGAUAGAUCGCAAUUUGACAGUCUCCUAUCUGAUUGUCGAUGAGAUGCACCAGGAGCAUCCGGAACUAGUCAAGGAUCAGUAUUGGGACGAAGUCUUCCCCAACGAGCUGCCCUAUGCCGACGACGCGAAACGGACGGGCCCGCCCGAGGCCUCUACGGCCAAACUAGACUACAGAGCCAAUAGCUCGGAGCAAAGGAGAUUCCAUAUGUCCCGAGACUCGACUGCAACCAACCGUAGUGGGCGCGAUAACUUUCUCAAUUAUAUGCUGGACAAGCAUUCCAGCAGCGCUAGUUUCGCGGAAAACUAUCAUCCGAGCCGUCGCUCCACCUGGGAGGACAUCUCGCGACUGACCUUUACUGAGCCCCUGGAGGCCCCGGAGGAGGACAGACCACGCCGGCGUAGACCCAGUAUACGUGAUUCCGCCAGUGUGGAUUUCGAUGAGCUCAUCGAGCAGCGGCAUCAGGAGCGGCGGGAUCGUAUGCGUCAGCGCUUCCUCAAUAUGCGGGGCACUCACAUCCGUACAACGCCAUCGGGGGGCUAUACGGUGGCCGUGCUGCGUACCACCUCCGACGAGGCAUUGGGCGAAGAAGAGGAUGCUUAGAGGAUGCCCCCCUUGAAUGGAAAGAAAUCGAAGGAAAAGUUCUCCGUUUCUUUCUCCGUACACAUAAACAUACACAUCUUUGCAGAAGGUUAGUCAUACUUUUGCGACAAUCCCCCUUUCGAUUUACUAUACAUUUGAUUAGUCUUUUGUUGUUGUUUACCCUUUGAGGAGCUUUUCAAUUGAAUUCAUUGACAGCAAUUGCCUCUGAUGCGUUAAGACAAUGCGCACAGGACGAGUAUUUUCCGAAUCCGAAUCAUGUUCAUACCACAAUACCCAACCCAUGUACGCGUGUCAGCUGCCAGACCAAGCCACAGGAGCAGCAGCCUCGAAAAGGGAAUUAUAUCCCCCCGUAUUACAUUCAUUGUCAUAACCAAACAUUGAAAAUCUGACGCGAUGCGUGUUGUUAAAAUUGUUGUUAAAAAUGUUAAAACUUAAAAGGGCUUUCUGCCCCGUGAAAGCCAUGACAAAAAUUAAAUGCAAUUACAUUCGUUU